UACUGACCCUCGAGAAUUUAUGUAUUGUUAAGAGAAAAUGUCUAGGGGUCAUGGAAGGGGAAGAAAAGAAGAAAAAUCAAUUUCUUCCAACUACACACAUCCCUACAAAAGUUCCUUAACACACAAAAGACAUAAAACAAAUAAAACCAAAGCCACCCACCUUUAGAAACACAUUGAAUUAUGCCACCAAAUCAAGAAUCACACACAUUGUUCCCACAUCAAAAAAGCUUCCAUAAAUGAAACUAUCUCUCUUCCUUAAUCCAAAAUCCAACAACAACCCAUCAACCCCAUUAGGCCAUUACCACCAUGUCCACAACACAAUCAGAAAAACAAGCUCUUUUCAUUACAUCACUCAUAAUCUUUUGGUACUCAUCAAACAUUGGUGUCCUUCUCCUUAACAAACUUUUACUUUCCAAUUAUGGUUUCUCUUUCCCAAUCUUCCUAACUAUGUGUCAUAUGACAGCUUGUGCUGUUCUUAGUUAUGUCUCCAUUGUUUUCUUAAAGAUUGUUCCUUUUCAAAGGAUCAAAUCAAGAUCCCAAUUUUUUAGAAUUUCCACUCUUAGUAUUGUGUUUUGUGGUUCUGUUGUUGGUGGUAAUAUUUCCUUAAGGUAUUUACCUGUUUCAUUUAAUCAAGCGGUGGGUGCUACAACACCCUUUUUCACUGCAUUGUUUGCUUAUGUCAUUACCAUGAAGAGGGAAGCUUGGCUUACAUAUGGUUGUCUUGUUCCUGUUGUUGCUGGUGUUGUGAUUGCAAGUGGGGGCGAGCCUAGUUUCCACCUUUAUGGAUUCAUUAUGUGCAUAGGUGCAACUGCUGCUAGAGCCUUUAAGUCUGUACUUCAGGGCGUCCUGCUUUCCUCUGAAGGGGAAAAGUUGAACUCCAUGAAUUUGCUGCUUUAUAUGUCACCAAUUGCCGUUCUAGUUUUAUUGCCCGCGACACUCAUAAUGGAGCCCAAUGUGCUAGAUGUCACCGCGAGACUUGCCACAGAACAUAGAUACCUCGGCCUACUUAUUUUGGUCAAUUCUGCAAUGGCGUAUGGAGCCAAUUUAUUGAACUUCUUGGUGACAAAGCAUACCAGUGCAUUGACACUCCAGGUCCUAGGAAAUGCAAAAGGUGCUGUGGCUGUUGUAAUAUCGAUACUUCUUUUCCGAAACCCUGUAACUUUUAUUGGAAUCGCCGGCUAUACGAUGACCGUGAUGGGGGUUGUUGCUUACGGAGAAGCCAAAAGAAGAUACAAAUGAGCUGACAUUCGGCCGUUGUUUCUUCCCGACGAAGCCCCAUACUGUUGUUUAGAGACAUAUUAUAGACUUUAAGACAAAUAGAUUCCAGUGCUAUCUUGUAGGUUGUAGCACAUAGAGAGGAAAUAGAAAAGGGACAGCCUCUAAAAUCGUUGUUUAGAGGAUCCAUACGUAGAAAGCCUAUUUGGUUCUAGUAGUUGAGCAAGGGAAUUGUUCCGAUUCAUCAGUUAGUAUUCUUUAGGUCCAGAUGAGAGGAUAUAUGCCUUUGUAUCUUAAUCUGAUGUUAGUUACAUUAAUCUACAUAUGCCUUUGUAUCUUAA